AUGUCUAAGGAGUUCACUGAAGUGGACAUCUUGGGAGUGUCCAUCCAGGAAGAUUUGACUGAUGAUGAUGAUGAUGAAGACAACAACACCAAGCACAAGACCAGUCGUACUACUACCAGUAGUACAAGUGCUGCUAGCGGAAGAAGCCACGCCAAGAGAAAGCCUGGCCGUGAAGAUAGGGACAAGAAGGAGGAUCUAGACAAGAAGGACGACAAGGAGGCUGAAGGUGCAGGAGAUGCCCUGGAUGGCAGUCCCGCUACUGGUACUGGUACUGGUACUGGUACUGGUACUGGUAGUAAGGCUAUAACCCUGAGCAGCAAGGAAAAGCUCAAGCGACAAAACCGCAGAAUGGGACAAAAGGCAGCUUCACUCAAGUUCAGUGCCCUGGACUUUGUGGCGCUCUCACCGGACAAACUCAAGAAACACUACACCAUUGGAAAGCUCAUUCAUAGAGGAACAUCCAACAACAACACUAACAACCUGAACAACAACCUCAACAGCAGCACUCACACCAAGAGAGACAAGCGACAAUCCACAGCUACCGGUAACAGCAGUAGUCACCAUGAAGGGAUGCAUCAUGCCAAUGUACACAUUUGUCUGCACAGAGACACUGGAAUUCAAAGAGCAGUCAAGGUCGUCAAAAAAUACUCCACUUGGAACAGGGCGCAAAAUCAGGUACUCGUCAGGGAAUUCAAAAUUCUACAAACAUUGGAUCAUCCCAGUCUCAUCAGGACAUAUGAGCUAUUCGAAGGAAGAGACCAUUUCUACAUUGUCAUGGACCUUUGUCACGGGGGAGAUCUCUGCCAGGAACUCGAUACCUGGGGACCCUUGCAGGAACAAGAUGCCGCACUUAUACUCAAACAACUACUCAGUGUGGUCAACUACCUCCAUUCCAACAGAAUCGUUCAUGGAAACAUCAAACCAGAGCACAUUCUAUUGGAACAAGACAAGGAUCUAGAUCACGUCAAGUUGACUGACUUUGCCUGUGCCGAGAUUAUGGAAGACCAAGACGAUCCAGAUGAUGGAAACGCCGAACAAGGCGACGGCGACGACAACGACAAGGAAAACAGCAAUCAUCCUGAUGCCACCAAAAACUUGGAUGUGGAAAGCUUGUUCAGCAUGGAUGAUGACAGUACGAGUGACACAGACGACGACGACGACGACGAACUCAAUCAAUCUACUCUAACCAGUGAAAGCAGCAACCGACGCAGUCGAAGCUCCAGGGCAAAAUCCAUUCUCCCCGAGCGAAAGGGGUCCGUCGAUUUCUGGGCGCCCGAAGUCGUACUCAAGGGGUCCAUUGGACCCAAACGAGAUGUUUGGGCAUGCGGUGUACUAUGCUAUCUACUACUCUCCAAUCGAUUACCCUUCCGGGGAGAAUCGAGGGAAGAGAUUUGCGAGAACAUUAUUCGAGGGGAGUUCUUCUUAUUGGGAGAGGGUGAAGAAGAAAACGAAAACGAUGAGUUCAUUAGUAGUUACGCUGCGGAAAGCAAAUCCACAGACUUUUACUCCGAUUACUUGGAGGACGGAGGAGAAUCGCCACUCAAUGCCACAUUUGAUUGGGCCAACGUCUCGGACCUAGCCAAGAGCUUUCUGCGCCAACUCUUGACGUACGAGGAACACGAUCGACCCACCGCCAAGCAGGCAUUGCAACAUCCGUGGAUUGCAGAAAUGACGUCCUUGUCCUCUUCCGUGCAAAGGACCGAUGGGGACGUGAACCGGUUUUCAGCAAGCAACAAGGUUGGGCCAUCAUCGUCGGAUGGGAAAGAUUUCGUCAACUCAAUGGCGACCAUGGCAGCAUGGAAUAACGUUUCCAAGUUCAAUGCUUCCAGCAAGCUUAAGCAGUGCACGCUCACGUUCAUAGCGGCACAGAUGGUGCUCAAAGAAGAACGAAAAGCUAUCGAUCAUGUUUUUCGUUCCCUGGACACUCAAAAUGAUGGACGACUCUCUCGCGAGGAAGUCAAAAUGGGGUACAAGGCAUGCUUCCAUCGUGAUUUGACCGACCAGGAACUGGACGAACUGUUUGAUCGUGUGGAUCUCAAUCGAACGGGGUAUCUGGAAUACAGCGAAUUCGUUAUUGCUGCCAUGAACGAAAACGACCUGCUUCAUAGACAAAAGAUUCGUCAGGCUUUCUCGGUGUUUGAUAGAGACGGAUCGGGUACCAUCUCAAAGAAUGACCUCAAAGAAGUGCUGACGCACUUUAAAGGGGGAGGUGGAGCUGCACAGGAGGGCGGGAAGACGAAUGAUCCCAUGCAAGAGGCGAUUGAUGAUGAAGCCAUUGACAAGAUUAUGGAACAAGCGGAUGCAACGGGUUCAGGGGGCAUCACUUACGAGGAAUUUAUGGCCAUGAUGCUAAGGACCACAGACGAUGCCGACGAGGAGGAGGCGGACACGGAGGAGAACGAGGAUGUGCCACCGUUGACGUCACUGGAGAGGGGGCCUCCAAGGCGGGCGCACACUAGCAAGUCAACGCUGUCCAUUGAUUCCGCCUGUUCAGCUGAGAACAUGAAACUGCUCAAAUUCACGACACACGACUUUGUAGCUGAGCGCGAUGGAGAUUUGAGAAACCACUACGAAAUCAAAGAUUUCAUUGACGAAGGAAGUUUCGGGAAGGUCUUUGUCUGCAAACACAAAGCCACAAGUGCAGAACGAGCCCUGAAAGUGAUCGACAAGAGUCGCUGGAGGAAGCAUGAAAACAGCAAGGUUCUUAAUGAGUUCCAGAUCCUCAAGGGAAUGGGGCAUCCCAACAUUAUCAAGUUCUAUGAUCUCUUUCAGGAUCAAAGGCACUACUACAUCGUGAUGGAUAUCUGCAAAGGAGGCGACCUGUGUGACGACCUUGUCACUUGGGGAAAACUGGAAGAAGUCGAUGCGGCAGUGCUGAUUACUCAGGUCCUCUCGUGCCUCAAUUUCUGUCAUGGCCGCAAAGUUGUACACAGAGACAUUAAGCCGGACAACAUCCUGCUUGAGCAGACGAAGGACGUCAACCAUGUGAAGUUGAUCGAUUUCGGUUUUGCAAAAGUAUUCAAGGACGGUGAAGAGAUGACAGAGCGGGUUGGAACUGUACACUACAUGGCACCAGAAGUUGUAAAUCGCUCUUAUUUUGGAGCAUCUUGCGACAUGUGGUCUGUGGGUGUGCUCUGUUACGUCAUUCUGUCGAGCAAGUUUCCGUUUAAAGGCAGGAGCCGUGAUUCUAUAUAUGAAUCCAUUGUGAUGGGCAAGUUCAAAUUUCCAAGCACGACGUGGAACUACAUUUCAGAUGAGGCCAAAGACUUCAUAGAGAAGCUUCUCACCUACGAGCCCAAGAAGCGUCCUACCGCAGAGAGAGCACUCCUGCACCCUUGGCUUGAAACUGCUCGAGGGGCGGUCAAGACGUUCAUAGCGUCGCAGCUUCUUCUGGCUGAGGAAAAGAGGUCGAUCGAUGAAGUCUUCCGCGAGCUAGACAUCACAAGGAACGGGAAGCUCUCAAAGUCUGAAGUCCAGGCGGCCCACUUUAAGUAUUUCGGAUACGGAUUGAGCAAGGAAGAUUUAGAAAAUCUGUUCAAGCGUUGCGACCAUAGUCGGACUGGGUACAUCGAAUACAACGAAUUUGUGGUCGCAACGAUGAACGAAAAUGUCUUGCUGGGACAACAAAAGCUGAAGAAAGCUUUUGAGCUCUUUGACGCUGACGGCAACGGUUUGAUCAGUGCAGCCGAUCUGAAGCAGGCAAUGUCCUUUUUCACGCCCGACAAAGACGACGUAAACGACGACCGUGUCAUCAAGAGAUUACUAAAACAAGUCGAUGAGGAUGGUGAUGGGAUGAUCACCUACGAGGAAUUCGUCGGUCUCAUGAUUAACUCCACGGAUGACGAAAUGAAGAUUUGA